UGCAGACCAUAACAUGGCGUCUAGGAUGGCAGUGAAGGCUGCAGGCAAACACAAUGUUGAAAUCCAGCCGAAAAUAAGCCUGAUUUAGAGACGCACAAGGACUAAAGUGUCAGCUGGGAUGAUGAGGGUUCAGGCGGAGCCUGUGUGAGACAGAGCGGCGCUCCAUGUCGGAGGGACCCCGGGCUGCGUGGUCGAAGCGGGGCUGCGCGGAGUCCCACCGCCGAGAGCAGGGGAAGCACAAGCAAAGGAAAUGUGAGCGGCCCCUCAGCACGCUGUCAGUGAAGCCGCCGACCGGCCAGGAGGCCGCCAAAAGGUGCCUGAUGGCGGGGGAUGUAGAGGUGUACCUGUCUCAGGUGCAUGAUGGGAGCGUGUCCUCAGGCUUCCGGGCCUUAUACGAGGAGCGCUUGCUGCUGGACGUCACACUGCUGAUUGAAGAGCACCACUUUCAGGCUCACAAGGCCCUGCUGGCCACGCAGAGCGACUACUUCCGGGUCAUGUUCACGGCCGACAUGCGGGAACGCGACCAGGACAAGAUCCACAUGAAGGGGCUGACCGCGGCCGGCUUCGGACAUGUUCUCCGCUUCAUGUACUACGGCUCUCUGGAGCUGAGCAUGCCCACGGUGCAGGAGAUCCUGCAGGCCGCCAUGUACGUGCAGCUGACUGAGGCUGUGGAGUUUUGCUGCUCCUUCCUGCUGGCCAAGAUCUGCCUAGAGAACUGCGCUGAGGUCAUGCGACUGCUGGACGACUUCAGCGUAGGCGUUGAAGGCGUGCAGGAGCAGCUGGACGCCUUUCUGCUGGAGAACUUCGUCCCGCUGAUGGCCCGGCCUGACUUCCUGUCCUACUUGAGCCUGGAGAAGCUGAUGGCAUAUCUGGACAGCGACCAGCUGAGCCGGUUCCCCGAGAUAGAGCUGUAUGAGGCUGUGCAGGCCUGGCUCCGGCACGACCGCCGCCGCUGGAGGCACACGGAUGCUGUGGUACAGAACCUGCGCUUCUGCCUCAUGACCCCGACACAAGUGUUUGAAAAGGUGAAGACCUCUGAGUUUUAUCGUUAUUCUCGUCAGUUGAGGCAGGAGGUGGACCAGGCCCUCAACUACUUCCAUGCUGUGAAUGAGCAGCCGCUGGCCGACACCAAGGCUAACCGGAUUCGCUCGGUGCGGCCGCAGACGGCCGUGUUUCGGGGCAUGAUCGGCCACAGCAUGGUCAACAGCAAGAUCCUGCUUCUGCACCGUCCCAAAGUGUGGUGGGAGCUGGAGGGUCCGCAGGUGCCACUUCGGCCUGACUGCUUGGCCAUCGUCAACAACUUUGCUUUUCUGUUGGGAGGCGAGGAGCUCGGGCCGGAUGGAGAGUUCCAUGCAUCUUCGAAAGUGUACCGCUAUGAUCCUAGACAGAAUUCCUGGCUCCGGAUGGCUGACAUGUCGGUGCCGAGGUCGGAAUUUGCCGUGGGCGUGAUUGGAAAGUUUAUCUAUGCUGUGGCAGGCCGCACACGGGACGAAACGUUUUACUCCACGGAGCGAUACGACAUUGCGGAGGACAAAUGGGAAUUUGUUGACCCGUAUCCAGUCAACAAGUAUGGUCACGAAGGCACGGUGCUAAACGGAAAACUCUACAUCACUGGAGGCAUCACCUCGUCCUCCACCUCCAAGCAGGUGUGCGUUUUCGACCCCGGGCGUGAGGGUGCAUCUGAGCACCGCACGCGCCGGACCCCCAUUCUCACCAACUGCUGGGAAAACAAGUCAAAGAUGAACUAUGCCCGCUGCUUCCACAAAAUGAUCUCCCACAAUGGGAAGCUUUACGUUUUCGGUGGAGUGUGCGUCAUCCUUCGUGCAUCUUUCGAGUCGCAGGGUUGUCCAUCCACAGAAGUUUAUAAUCCAGAAACAGACGAGUGGACCAUCCUGGCAUCCAUGCCUAUUGGCAGAAGUGGGCAUGGUGUGGCAGUCCUGGACAAGCAGAUCAUGGUGCUGGGCGGACUUUGCUACAACGGCCAUUACAGCGACUCUAUACUGACCUUUGAUCCUGAGGAGAACAAGUGGAAGGAGGAUGAAUAUCCCCGGAUGCCUUGCAAACUGGACGGCUUGCAGGUGUGCAGCUUGCACUUUCCAGAGUAUGUUCUGGAACACGUCCGGCGCUGCAGCUGAGGGUGUGUUUUGAAACUCCGUGAAGGUUAAGGGGGAAAAAACGUUUACAGAUGUGAACAUAGUCCUAAAAUACUGAAGCUUUUAAAAAAACUGUAGGCCAGUUGCUUAUUUAAGAACAAACAAAA